AGAAAGCUCAGGACAAAGAUUGAGAAAAAGCGAGAGAACAAAAAAACAUGGGCAGCAAGAAAAAAAUCCAUAGUUUCCAGAAAAUUUCAAUUGUUGGACCAUGCACACUAAAGUUGAAAGAGCUUUUUGGAAAAGUAGCCAAGUAUGCUUUUGGUUUCUUCUUAAUGUAUGCUCUGUGCAAUAUAUCGCACUUCCUGUUAAAGCCAUAUUCUCAGCCUCGCAUUACCUCUGACACCGUUAUAGGACUGCUCAUUGGAAACAUAGGGUUCAUACGCAAUCAAGUAACAGAUUCAGCGAGUAAAACAUUGAAUUUCAUAGUUGAUUUUGGCAUGAUCUGCUAUAUGUUUGUGUUAGGCAUAGAAAUGAAUCCGUAUAUACUCUUUAAAGAACCAACCAAGGAUGCUAAGGUGGCCUAUGGUGGUAUGCUCUCCACAUUCAUCCUAGCCUGUGCCAUAACCCCAUUUAUGCAUUUUACAGAAGGUUUCAAGGUCGACUUCACUCUCUCCCUCUCCACGGUCCUCUCUAGCACAGCCUCUCCGGUGUUGACACGUCUGAUAACAAGUCUCAAAAUAGGAAAGUCAGACAUAGGCAUAACCACUCUUCUCCUCUCCAUUGGCUAUGUCUUUUGCCCUGUUGAAUAUGGCAAUAAAGUUGUAGAGACUUCAAAGCGCGUUCGGAGAUCCAUUGAAAUGGGUUCUGCAUUAGUAAUCCAGACACUUUUCGCUGCAUAUGUUUCACCAUUCUUCAUGAACUGGGUCAACAAUGAAAAUCCGGAAGGCAAACCCAUAAAAGGUUCACACCUAGUGCUUGCUCUUGCUUUCAUGGCCUUGGUCAUUUCCUGCUCACCAAUUUAUGGAUACAGUCCUGUUUUGAGUGCAUUUAUGGCAGGAACCUUUUUACCAAGGGAGGGAAGAGUCUCAAAAUGGGUAGUAGGCAAGAUCAAUUACUUGUUAACUACCAUUUUCUAUCCCAUUUUUUUCUUUUGGAUGGGGUACGAAGCUGUGUUCAAGGAUUUUCAACCUGGCCAAUUCGGGACAUGGGGAAGGUUAUUUGUAGUUUUUGCUAUAGCAACAAUUGGAAAAGUUACUGGAACAGUCAUCUCUGGAAAGCUGUUGGGGUUUAACUGGCCGGAAUCUGUUGCACUUGGGCUUCUUCUCACUACCAAAGGCCAUUUUCACAUAUACUUAGCCAUUGCUGCAAAAACAGCUGGGAAAACGUCUACUUCAACCAGCACUGUGAUGGUGAUAGCUAUCUUUUUCACUGUUGUGCACGCCCCAUCAGUCGUGGCUCAAAUCAUCAAGCGUGCAAGGAAACGGGUACCUACUCAUCGAAUGUCGCUUCAGUUGCUUGACCCUUCAAGUGAACUCCGCAUAUUACUAUGCCUUAAUGGGCCUCAAAACGUGUGUACUACCAUUAACUUCAUUGAGAUAUCUAGAGGGACAGCUGACCCUGGUAUUUUGGUAUAUGUAACCGACAUGAUAGAACUCACAGACGAAAUCGCAGCCACACUGGUCAAAGAAGAAGGAGUGGACACCAUGACUGUGACUCACACAGGAGUAAAAGAAAUGAGAGAUCAAGUCACAACUGCAGUUCAAGCCUAUGUAGGGGAGAGCGGAGAAGGUAUCACACUUAGACGAUUGCUGGCACUCUCGACUUUCAAUGGCUUGCCCCAGGAUAUUUGCAUUUUGGCAGAGGACUCAAUGGUAGCGCUCAUCAUAUUGCCAUUUCACAAGGUCCAACGCGAAGAUGGAACCUUGGAUAACGGUCAUUCUGGUUUCAGAUAUGUGAAUCGUAAGGUCCUCAAGAAUGCUCCGUGCUCUGUGGGAAUUCUUGUAGACAGAGGUCUUGGAUUGAUUGAAAAACUACGAAGAACUUAUGAUCAUUCUGUCAGUGUGGCAGUCAUCUUUAUUGGUGGUAAAGACGAUAGAGAAGCACUUGCCUAUGCUGGUCGCGUAGCACGACAUUCGGGUGUAAAACUCACAGUCAUAAGAUUCUUGGUUGAUGCUAGCUCAGAGGCAGCAACUAGACCUGGGAAUUACACAGUCAGCUCUUCUGAGAAAGAAGAGGAAAUGAAGCUUGAUGAUGAGUGCUUUGCUAGCUUCUAUGAGAGACAUGUGUCAUGUGGGCAAGUUGCUUACAUGGAGAAGCAUCUUGCCAAUUCUGCUGAAACCUAUACUACCUUGAGGGCAUUGGAUGGGCAGUACUCA